AUGCUGCCGAACAUCUUCGCUGCUGGUAAACCAGCCCCCGAUCCUGCCGAGGGGGUUCAACAAAGGCCCCCUCGGUAUGCCGGCGAAGACACCACACCGACAACGCGCCGUGAGAUUCUCGGCUGGUAUUCCUAUGGUAUCGCGGCCGAGGUCUUCGCGGUUUGCGGCGUAGGUUCCUUUUUGCCUCUCACCCUUGAACAACUGGCGCGCGAACACGGCACACUGCAAACCAGCCACCUGCCCUGCUGGGGUCCACUCGCACCGACAAACGGUACACAGAACGAUGAACAGUGUAUGGUCGGAGUAAUGGGACUUCAGACCACCACUGCCAGUUUUGCCAUGUAUACCUUUUCGCUAGCAGUGCUUGUUCAGGCAUUGACCUUGAUUUCUUUUAGUGCGUUAGCGGACUAUGAAAACAACCGGAAAACUUUGCUACUUUUUUUCGGUUUCAUGGGUUCAGCCACCAGCAUGCUCUUCGCGCUGAUCACACCAUCAACCUUUCUCCUUGGCUCAGUUUUGGUUAUUAUUGGCGUCACCUGUCUUGGCUCUUCUUUUGUUGUCCUAAACUCAUUUUUACCUGUACUGGUCGCCAACGAUCCAUCUAUCGGGGAGCAAAAAGAUGAAGGCGGCGAGAUGGCGAACUUCCAAGGCAGCACGAAUAAUGGUGUCGGCAACGACUCUGACUGGAACGCCUGGGAUGAAGAGGACAGUCUGGAUGGAAUACAAGGAAUACAUGGUACAAAUCGACAAAAUCGGUUCGAAGAGGAAAGCCUCAGGGGGAAAGACACCGGGUCUACUCCGGAACUUCAAUUGUCUACGAAGAUUUCGUCCAGGGGGGUUGGAUUUGGAUAUUGUGCGGCAUUAUUUGUUCAGGUUCUCAGCAUUAUCCUACUGAUCACGCUUUCCAAAACAAAACUAGCCAAAAUAUCGGCAACCCUGCCGAUGCGCUUUGUCUUACUCUUGGUCGGAGUUUGGUGGUGCAUAUUCACGUUUGUCACCGGUCGCUGGUUACGCUCUCGACCUGGCCCCCGUUUAGAUACGUCAUCUAAUUCAGGCGCCUCCCGGUGGCGCGCGUGGCUUCGUCUCGUGGGAUUUGCAUGGAAGUCUCUCUGGCAGACGGUCAAAGUUGCUGUUAAGUUGCGUGAAGCCAUCAUAUUCCUCGUCGCCUGGUUUCUGUUGUCGGAUGCCAUUGCUACUGUUUCUGGUACAGCCAUUCUCUUUGCCCGCACAGAGCUCAAGAUGAGCACAACUUCAAUCGCUCUGCUGUCAAUAACAGCUACUCUGUCAGGCAUGACUGGUGCGUUCCUUUGGCCCCUUGUAUCCCGACGAUUUGGGUUGAAAGCGAACCAGACAAUCAUUGUCUGUAUUGUGUUAUUUGAGAGUAUUCCACUGUAUGGAAUGCUAGCCUACAUUCCGUUCGUCAAGAAUUGGGGUGUUAUUGGUCUACAAAAACCAUGGGAGAUCUUUCCGCUUGCAAUUGUUCAUGGUGUCGUGUCUGGAGGCCUGGCUUCCUACUGUCGCUCCUUCUUCGGUCUGUUGAUUCCUCCUGGGAGUGAAGCUGCAUUUUAUGCGCUGUAUGCCGCCACGGACAAGGGCAGUUCCUUCAUCGGACCCGCAGUUGUCGGGAUGCUUGUUGACGCGACCGGUCAAGUCCGAUCUGGUUUCUUCUUCAUCGCAAUCUUGAUUGUGCUGCCUAUCCCCCUAGUCUGGAUGGUGAAUCCCGACAAGGGACGCUCUGAAGCCCUCGCUAUGGCCGAGGCGCUAGGAAAAUCACAUGACGGACCGGCUGAAGAUGCUCAGGAAGCAGAGGGACUUCUCUCUCGUGGGGAAUAG